CUUUGAUCUUUGAUCUACUUGAGCGCCAGACUAGCAGAGGCAUAAUGUGUGGACGAUACGCACUAGGCGUGCGCAUGAACUUCGUCCAGCGCCGUCUCCAAGAACAAGGCAUGCCCGUCGACGAAGUCCCAGACGACGACGAAGUCCGCGAAACCUAUAACUUCGCGCCGGGGAACAAUGGUGCGGUGUACCGCGUGGAGGCAGCGUCCACUGGCGCAGUAGAGCAGCAGCAGCCACCCGAGAACGACGACAACUACAACCCUACUCACCCCCAACAAGACCCUACCGCCGCCACCACCACCACCCAACCGUCAGGUGAUGAGAAGGGAACCCGCCCCCGCUACAAAAUCCAAAGCAUGCGAUGGGGCCUGAUCCCAUUCUGGACGAAGCGCAAACCCGACUACGGGUCGCUGAUGCGCACGAUCAACUGCCGGGACGACUCGCUGCUCGAGGACCGCGGGAUGUGGACGUCGAUGAAGCGCAAGAAGCGCUGCGUCGUCGUCUGCCAGGGGUUCUUUGAGUGGUUGAAACGGGGACCGGGCGGGAAGGAGAAGGUCCCGCAUUUUGUGCGGCGGAGGGAUGGGGAUUUGAUGUGUUUUGCGGGGUUGUGGGACUGCGUGAGGUAUGAAGGGUCGGAUGAAGAGCUGUAUACGUUUACGAUCAUUACGACAUCCUCGAAUCCGUACCUCAAGUUUCUGCAUGAUCGGAUGCCUGUGAUUCUCGAGCCCAAGAGCGAGGAGAUGAACCGGUGGCUGGAUCCAGGCCGGACUACGUGGUCCAAGGAACUGCAGGCCAUGUUGAAGCCGUACGAGGGCGAGUUGGAGUGUUAUCAGGUGCCGAAGGAAGUGGGGAAGGUGGGUAACAACUCCCCGGACUUCAUUGUGCCGGUGAGCAGUAAGGAGAAUAAGAGCAAUAUUGCCAAUUUCUUCGCCAAUGCCAAAAAGGCUGCGCCGGAGAGUGGUGGUGGUUCGUUGAUAGAAGAACCGGACGACAGAACCGUCAAAGAUGAACCUGACGAUCGAGACACGGUGGACACCGAGUGGACUGAGGACAAUGCGCCGCUGCCGGCUACAGGGGUCAAACGGGAGCAUCCGGCAGAGAGUCCUGCGGAGGUCGAGGAUGAAGCUGCGAAGAGGCAGAGGACUCAGCUUACCUCGCCGGUUAAGGGCACCGAGCAGAAAGCAAGUCCAACGCAAGCACCGAGUCGAGGAAAGCAGAUGCGAAGUGCUACUCACAAUCAGAAACCGGCCAAAAAGCCCCAGCAGAAGAAAGCGGCGGCAGGGACUCAGCCCAUAACGAACUUCUUUCAAAAGUGAAGUUGAUUUUCUCAUCUGGCUUGGCGGCGAAGUAUAAUUUUGGCGUUGCUUUGGUCGUCUGCAAUUAAGAGCUGGUCUCUGAGCGGCGUUGUUCCAUUUUUUGGGGGGAUAUUUUACAGCUUGUGUCAACUGUCCAGCAGUUUUGGAUCAGUGCAGUCUUUUGAGACAGCAAUGAGGAUAGCAAGAGUCUAUUGU